AUCAUCCUUUGUAUGCUUGACAUUACAGAAAUUUCUAUUUAAAAAUUUACAUACAUAUACAUAUAAAAUUUCCAAUUAAUCGAAAAUAUUCAUAUUGAAAAGAUACUUUGAAAAACUUUUUAUCAAGAAUAUCAUAUGAGAAGGACAAAUGCCUGUAUUGGAAGAUAUUCCUUACAACAUAGUUGGACGGAUAUUGGGAAUUUCGAUGGUGAGUAGAAUUAUUGUUCAAUAAUGCAAAUCAGGCGCAGAUGCUUCAUGUGCUAAUUAGAUCCACGGGGGAGAAUCUCCAUUGACUUCGAAGUAACAAAUCCCCUUGAUGGUCGACUGAAUCCUCCUAAUGGUCAUGCUGGCUAUUGUUAAUAAUCAAUCAGAAAUAACGUUGUUUCGUAUAAUUAUUAAUCGAUUCUAAAUCAUUAAAUUUAAAUUUAAACAUAUUAGUCAAAUUUUUUUUAAAGCAACGAUACUUUUCGCAAAUCUUUCUUUCAGGAACUAUAGAGUGUUUAUAUUAUGGAAUUAUAAAACUAUAAAACUAUAAAACAUUCAAAUAAUCAGUUAUACAAAGAGGAAGUUUUAUCACGUGCACAUAAUGUAAUCAAAUUUCUCUUUACAUAAUAACUUGAUUAAUAACACGCAAUCGCAUCUUCAUUCAUUAAUCUGGAAUCUUAAUAAAGAAGAAAGACCAAAGAAUAACUUCAAUGCAUUCACCUCCCUCCCCUCAAGAAUAAUCUAAUUGCACGCACAAUUCUCAUCUCAUCGCAUUCAACCUCGUAGAUAUAAUUCUCCCCACAAAGGUAAUUAUAUACACUUUCGAUCAUCGAUUUUCACCUUAACAAAGAUUCCUCCUUCCAAGAUUAACUUCGUUAUUUAUAGAAUAACCCAUGCGACCGUAUACCAUUUCCAAUUACCAUCGAUUCUCACCUCAACAAGAAAAAAAAAAAUUCAAACAUCACUUCACAAGAAUAUUUAUAAAGUAAUCUAAUACAAAUAUUCAACAUUACGAAUUAUCAUUGGAUUAUCAACGAAGAGAUUGAAAGAUCGCUUGUGAACCUCAUUCACAAUUCCACUACCAGAAGGGUAGGUACGUGUUGGACGCCUCCUCGACCUCUUGCUCGCAUCGUUUCCAUUCCUCUUCCUCCGUAAAUCUCUUCGUCAUCGGGUUCGCGACGGGGUAUACAAAAAUAUCGUGAAUCCUCGCCGUCACGCGAAGACGGCGGAGUCGUAGAAGGGGAAGAGUUCGUGGAGAGGAAGAGAGAGAGAGAGAGAAAAAGAGAGAGAGAGAAACGACGACACCGACGUCGGUGUCAGUGGAGUAGGUUGUGGAGGCGGAAGAGGCGGAGGCGGACGGAGCGAGGAGACCGAGAGCGAGACAGAGGAUUAGCAGAGUGAACCAGUCGCCCUUUCGUUUCUCCAUCGUUCAAACAGCCAGCUCCAGACAAACUUCGACGUGCAUAGACAAUGCCUGAAGAACGUUGAUCUUCCUCCUCCUCCUCGCGCCCUCUCUCACUCACUAAUCUCGUGCCCUUAACCAAGUGUCUCUCGUUUCCUUCUCGCUUCGUGGUUCCGAGUGCCAAGUGACAACCGUUGUUUUCAACCACCAGAUUCUUCUCCCUCCUGGAAGGGAGCUUCGUUCAAGAUAGGAUUUUAAUUUGAUUGACCGAGGAACGGUGUAGUGUUAUUUUAUCAUUGUUAUCCGCGUUGAUAAGUCUAAGAUUUUUGAAACAAGCGGUAAAGAAUAUUUAUUGUAUCUUUUCAAUCAAUUUCAGUUUAACUACUUUGAUUGAUUUAAACAAUUCGAGUUAUCAAAAACUGUUUUAUUUAAUACAUUCUAAUUUAACGUUGGAUCCAUUGGCAAAUCUCAAGAGGGUUAAUUCCUCUCGAAUAAGGAAAGAAUUAUUUACAAAUCCACACUUUGAACUGUUCGAGUUCGGGUUUCGUCGAGUCGAGCGACAUUCCACGCGGUUUUCAAGGAACAAAACAUCCGUGUUUGUUCUUCGAGGAAAACAAUCGCGAAAAUUGUUGGAAACGGAAAAUUUCGAGGGAAACGAACACGCUACCGGAAGAGGAAGGUGCGCGGUGGUGUGUGGUCAACUGUCAAAGAUUCGAAUCCCGGAACGUUUCUUCGGCUUCCUCGGCGUUCUCCAGUUCCUCCCUUCCUCAACGUGUUCGGUGCUAUUAUUGCUGUGCCGCCUAAAUAUAGGUGAGAGCGUACGCUUGACGCAAAUCGAAAACAGAAUUUGUAAACUGUCUCGGUGGAAGCAUCGACGCGAUGAAGAAGCCGAUGCAGUGGAUAUUGGUGUACUUCUUGAUACUUGGCUUGACAAAGGCGUACCAUUUUCAAAACGAAAUCGUCGAGCCACUUUUGAAUUAUAACGGAGCAAAAAGAUCCCAUUGUCCAGCAAUUAUACACAAACAACCAGCCAAUAGACAAGAUACAUCAUUAAGAUUGAGACAAUUAAGAUCGGAAAUGACUCGGGUCGCUUCCAUUCAAGGACCACCUCUUGAUGGAUAUAUAGUCACUUCCGAUGACGCACAUCAGACAAUGAACUUGAUUUAUCAUGGCCGCCAGGGCCCUUUAGAGAGUGAUUCUUUAGAUCCUCGUGAUAUGAGAAGAGAAUUCAUCACUGGAUUCUAUGGAAGUGCUGGAGAAGCUGUUGUCACUUUGAACAAGGCUGUGUUCUGGACUGAUGGAAGAUAUUAUAUUCAAGCAGAUCACCAGCUUGAUUGCAAUUGGAUACUCAUGAAACGUGGUAGAGAAGAUGUUCCUUCUAUAACUGAAUGGUUGAUACAUGAAUUUCACAAUCAAGCUCUUGUACGUAUUGGCGCCGAUCCAACACUCGUAUCUGCCAUUGAUUGGGAAAUCUGGGAAGAUGAAUUAGCAAAUUCGUCCAUAAGAUUGGUUCCUGUCCGUAACAACCUGGUGGACUUAAUCUGGCAGGUCAAUCGACCGAAUUACAAUCCACAUCCGGCGUAUCCAUUACCGGACAAAUAUUCCGGAAGAGCAUGGCAGGACAAGAUUCAGUCGAUUCGAAUCGAAAUGGAGAUAUCUAAGGCAAACGCCCUGGUCCUCACGGCACUUGAUGAGAUAGCCUGGUUGUUCAAUGUUCGCGGAUACGAUUUGCCACACACCCCUGUUCUCAGAGCGUAUACCAUAAUUACUGGUGAAUCGAUACAUCUAUACACACCGCGACACAAGAUUUUACGAUCGGUGGAGGAGCACUUGAAGAUGGAUUUUUGUUCGCAUGCAAAUUGCGUGAAAUGGCAUAAUUACACUUCUAUUUGGUACGAUUUACGGACAAUGUCUCAAGCUUGGAAUUCAGUAUGGUUGCCAACAAGAUGUGGUUAUAGUCCAGGUGCUUCUAUGGAGAUAUUUAACUCUAUUCCUCCGGAGAAACGGUUACCAAAACCAUCGCCGGUGUUAAGCUUGCGAGCCCAAAAGAAUGAAAUCGAGGCAGAAGGAAUGAGAAGAUCCCAUUUAAGGGAUGCUGUAGCAAUGUGCGAUUUCCUCGCAUACAUGGAGUGGCAAUACGAGUUGAAUUCAGAUGGUUGGGAUGAGAUGCAGGUAGCCAGAUUGGCGAACGAGUUUCGUUAUGAACAGGAGAAGAAUAAAGGCAUCUCCUUCCCUACCAUCGCUGGAUACGGACCCCAUGCUGCCAUUCCCCAUUACGAGCCAAACAAUUUGACAAAUAUUAAAAUUGGAAGAACGUCCACCUUGGUAGUGGAUUCAGGAGGACAAUAUUUAGACGGAACCACCGAUGUGACAAGAACUCUUCAUUUUGGUACACCAACGGAAGAACAAAAAAAAGCGUAUACAAGAGUGUUGAUCGGCGCAAUACAAUUGUCCUCUUUAAUAUUUCCAAGCAAUUUAAAAUCUAAUCAAUUGGACAUCGUCGCAAGAGAGCCAUUAUGGAACAUCGGUUACGACUAUUUACACGGAACUGGCCAUGGGAUCGGUCACUUUCUGUCUGUCCACGAAUCACCUAUUGGUAUAUCAUAUGCACAUGUUACAACAUCAGAUACAACAUCAGAUAAAGUUUGCGGACCUAUUGAAUUAAAACCAGGAUUUUUUUUGUCGAAUGAACCUGGUUAUUACAAACAAGGCGAUUUUGGUAUACGUUUGGAGAAUGUCCUUGAAACAGUGGUGGCAGGCAAAAAAGGCUCAGAAAUAUUUUUGAAAUUCAGAGAUGUUACGUUAGUUCCAUAUGAACCAAAAUUGAUCGAUAAUAAUAUGUUAAAUCCGUCUCAUAUACGAUGGCUGAAUAAUUAUAAUCGUCGAAUUAGAGAUGAAAUAGGUGCAGAAUUAAAAAAAAGAUUAAGAAUGGAUGCUUUCGAUUGGAUGAUGAAAAAAACUGCAACCAUUCCAGAAAUAAGACGAAUUGACGAAGAAUUGUUUUUCAAUUAUUCACAUUCGACACCAUCUAUAUUCAAAAAAUUCCACGUAUUAAUUUAUCUUAUUUCUAUAUAUCACAUCUUAUUCAAUCUUCCAAAUGUAUGGAGUUAAUUAAGAUUCAAAUGAAUAAUGAACAAUCAUAUAUGUAUAUACAUAGGGUUUAAAAAUGGUUUAUAUAA